UUUCCUCGACCUGAACCAUCAUGGCAAACUCCUCGAAUUCCCCUCCAGAGUCUCCCCCGCCUCACCUUACAAGCGAGGGAAACGGGCAAAUAUCACCUCUUUUUCCCAAUGAGAUCGUCCAUAUGGCGCUGAGCGCGCUCACCAAAAUUACCCCUCUGAUCGCAUGGGGUGCACUCCUCGACCACUUUAUGGGUGUGCCGCGAAUCCAAAAGAAUUUCCAGUUUCUUGUUCCGGACGAUAAGCUUGCGACACUUUCAGCUGUACUCCUUGGUCUGAAUCUCCCUAUUGCCGAACUCAGCGACCAUGUCGUCCGCAAUGAGGGCGACUUUCUACGUCUUGGUCGGCUACAUUGUAUCACUCCUUACACCGAUCCGUACCGCAUACAAUGCCUGCACCUCAUCCCUGCCUCGCUUCCUGAUUAUAGGCCAGUCGAACUCAUCACAACCCGCCUAUACGUGAGCACGGUGGAGAUUCACAUACCGCGACCCUCCGCCGUCUAUGCAGGUAUCAUCCGCAUGAUGCUCAAGUAUCCGAAAUUCUGCGCCGAACGCUACAAGCUCCAGAGCGACCUCGAGCUACUUUGCAGUCAUGAUCUGCUCGGGCUGAAAUUGGGAGAAGACGACGAGGCGCCUUAUGUGGACAAGCGAUGCGAAGACGCGGUCGAGCGCAUUCGAGCCUGGGGAACAGCGGGCGAAUGGAGGGAGGGGGAAGAGUGGGUGGAGGAUGCACUCAUCGGUAUCGUAGAGGGCGAGAAGGACAUGGUCGAUCUACCCUCCCGUGACACCGAUGCGUCCGGCGAGACGAUCCUAGCGCGAGCACCAUCCGCCAGGGUGUACGAUCACUCCGCGAAUGUUGUCAGCGACCGCUUAGGCGAGGUCGUUGGCAGCCACCAACCAGCUGCCCACGGUGCAUCUGCCAAUAGGGUCCCUCAAAGCUCGUUUCGUGUCUUCGUAUUUUUCCUGUGCGCAAAGGGAAAAAUCUGAAAAAGGUACCGUUUGGCGGGGAAAACGGGCGAGAAUCCUGUUCGACACAGCCACAUGUCCUUCCUCUGUGUUCAAACCUCUGUUCAGAAUAAUCGAAUUCUUCCUUUUCUCGCGAAAAAUCACUCGAAAUGGCCGAAUCCCGCGCCAAAAGUUCUGUUCGAAAGAGCCGAAUUUUGCCUUUUCGCGAAAUUCCGCCAGGUUUGAACGACCCUAAUG